GCAAAUGCCACAGAAGAGGACCUUGCCGCCAUUUUGAAGCUGGAACUUGGCAUUGCUGCCAAGGUCGAACGCGAAGGAGAGUGUUCUGGCUACAAGUGGAAGGUAGAAUGGCUGCUCGAUGGAGGCGAUAAACGUGAUCUUCAGGUUGACGGCACAGACCUGACAGGAAACGAUGUGAAGAUUGAACAGAGUACCACAAACAAUGGAGGUCUGUGGUUUUAUCCUAUCCCUGGUGACAUGCUGCGUACCUGGCAUGAUACACCACAGGUGGCAGUGUCUAUAAACAACAUCCCAUCUCGAUGUGAGGGGGACUGCAGUUUUUCGUGGGCUUCAGGCAACACUCCAACCAUAACAAGUGUCACUCCUCCACAAGGAAACGGAGGGAUUGAAGUUGAUAUUGCCGGCACUGGCUUCAGCAGCGACUGUACUGAUAUGAAGGUGGUCAUUGGUCACACGGAUGAUACUGACGAAGGCGUGGCCUGUGAACCAUCUACCUGCACUUCAAACUCCAUAAGAUGCACAGUGGGAAGUUGUGGGCGAGGACAGCAUACAGUGAAAGUGUAUGUGUUGCCGCAUGGAAGCGAUCCGGAUGCAAACACAAAUGGGAGGGCCACAGGAGACGUCUCCUUCACCUACCUCGGAGGCGUAACAGGGAUCAGCCCAACAGCCUCUGGACUUGGAGGAGGUGUUCGGUUGAAUGUCACUGGGUAUGGUUUUGCUGACGAUGACAUCCCAAGAGUAGGCGGAAAUGAAUGUGACGUCAUCUCCCGUAGCAACGAGCAUAUCGUCUGCAUUGUUCCUCCCGGGGUUGCUGGUAGCGCAGAUGUCGCGGUCAGUGGUCUAACAGCUGCAGAUACGUUCACAUACGACGCCGGAUGGACCCCUAUCAUCACAGCGUACUCCCCACGACAAAGCGGAGUUAAAGGUGGAGAUACUUUGACAAUCGAAGGUUCUGGUUUUGGGAAUUCACCAACGAUUGUCUUCAGAGGCCAUGGAGAAACUGAAGAGGUUGAAACAGUUGUAGAUAGCAAUAGGGUCAUGUGUACUCUACCAGGAUUGGCACCAGGAACGUAUGACAUCUUGCUAAACGUCGAUGGGAAUGGGUAUGGCGUCAUAGACGGAUCCGCGUCUUUCCCAACCGUUGAGUACGUUCUACGUGUGACGGGAGUGUCCCCGUCCCAAGGGUCCUUAUCCGGCGGGACACUUGUGGGACUUUCCGGAGAGGGUUUCAGCACAAACGCCGAGGAAAAUGAAGUCAUGUUCGGUGAUACAGCAUGCGAGGUCUUGACCAGCUCGUCUACGGAGGUUUGGUGCCGGAUGGGAAGUGCUGGAAGACGUCAUGUUGUGGACAACAGUGGCACGGAUCCAAACUUUGGCGAAGGCUACGCCUGGAGCCAGGGUACCCUAACCAUCGAAGAAGGCGACACUGUGGUUUGGACCUGGUCUCCUUACACACAGGGUGUGGGGUUCGCCAUCAGACAGACAACUGGACCAGGCGGGGAGCUAUCAGAAAACGGCUUCUCCAGUGGACCCAAGUCAAGCAAAGGCUCCUUUUCCUACACUUUCAAUGCCGUGGGUGAUUAUUACUACACCAGUGGAUGCGUCGAUGACAAAUGUGACAUCCAGAUGACUGGGAAGGUGGAAGUCAUCCAGGCCUUGGACCGCACAGAGACCCUUUCAUUCACACUCAAUGGCAUAGAAGCAACAUACAAUCCUAUCGGGGCAGGACCAGCAUCCAGCGUGACAUGCCCAGGAUCAACAAGAGAAGUGCUAGACUGCUCCACAGAUCCUCCUACUGCAUCUCCCGAUGCUCCGUUUAGCUUCGUCUUCCGUAACUGCAUGACAGCAACUGUCACCUCCCUCAGCCCUACCCAUGGUACUGCUGGGGAGACCAUCACCAUCCAGGGUACGGGCUUCAGCACAAACGCGUGUGAGAAUGAGGUUCUGAUUGGCGCAUACUCCUGUGACGUCACAUCAUCAACAUCCAAUAGCAUCACCUGUCAGGUUAACCCUCUUGACAACAUGCCUGUAGGAUCCUUCCAUCCAGUGUCUGUUAACAUCAAGAACCGUGGGUACGCUAGAAUGGCCACUCCUGAAGGGGAGGAGUCUCGCAUGUUCGCUCUUCUACCGGAAGUGACGUCUGUAUCCCCUGAGCAGGGUUCUACUGAAGGAGGAACCCAGCUCACCAUUCGCGGAUCAGGAUUCGUCUCAUCGAUGGACAGUACCACAGUAACGGUUGGAACAGUCCCAUGUGAUAUUCAGUCCUUUUCUUACACCGAAAUCAUUUGCAUAACGCAAGCAGCAUCCGAGAGAACAAGGGACGUCACCGUCACCCAAGCAACGAGUGGGCAUCACGUCGACAGCGUCUGUGACCCUACAGAUGAAGACAGGGGAUGCAAGUAUGCUUACCGGAGCUCGCAAACACCACGUGUCUCAACCAUAACUCCAUCAACAAGUUCUGGAUCUGUCACUGAGUUCACCAUCAGGGGAAUCUUGUUUGGAACUUCCAAGGAAGACAUAACCGUCACCUUCGGGGAAACGACGUCAUGUGCUGUCACGUCCGUUACAGAUGGCGUCAUUGUCUGCUCAGCCGAGCACAUACCAGUCGGGGAACAGACUGUUGGGGUACACGUGGCCGGACGGGGAAACGCCGCGUCAAGUACGCUUGUGUCCAGCCAGGCUGUGAUCAACUCCAUGUCACCGACAGAGGGGAGUCUCGCCGGCGGGACAACCUUGACCAUCACAGGCAACGGCUUUGGCAGUGACACUAACGUCACCGUGGACGGACAGAUUUGCGAGAUCAUGUCUGUUAAUCUCUCCACCGUAACCUGCAUCACUCCAGCAACUGAUGGAAGUGACCACCAAGCUCAAGUGUCUGUGGUUUCCAAUGGGCAAAGCUACCCCCCACAAGCCUUCACGUACAGUUCAACCCUAACCCCAAAUGUGGCUGGUAUCAGCCCAGUCGAAGCCACCAGCGGGGCAUCGGUAACGAUCACAGGGUCAGGAUUCGGACAAAUGACAGGAGACAAUGAAGUUUCCAUUGAUGGCGCCCCUUGUGCGGUAGACUCAUCAUCGGACACGGAGAUCGUCUGCACACUCGGAGAACACGUGGCCGGCAGUGACUACGUCGUGGACGUGACAGUUGUUGCGAAGGGAAAUGCGAGAUCCGGGGUCACCUUUAACUACGAAUUGUCACUAUCAGCAGUUACACCGAAUUCAGGAAGUUUUGGAGGUGGCCAUACCCUGUCUCUAACAGGAACUGGUUUUGCUGAAGACGCAGCCGUCACCGUGUGCAGUCGCUCCUGUCCUAUUACCAGUGUAAACCCCAGUCUGAUACAGUGUGAACUACCAGCACAUGAUGGAUUAGCCAGUGGGACUGCGGCUUGUGAUGUUGCCAUUGUCGUUGGCAAAGAGACGAGAACUUUACCCAACGCGUUCACCUAUGACAGCAGUCUGACACCCAUCAUCAUGUCCGUCUCCCCUGGGAUGGGAGGAACGGCAGGGGGAACAACUGUCACCGUCACCGGAACAAACCUUAGUGGCGUCACGAGUGUUUCCAUAGCGGGAAGCGACUGUGGCAUAUCUGGAGUACGGUCAGACACAGAGAUCGUUUGUGUGACUGGCGCCCACAACGGAAGCGCAAGAGCGAAGAUCAGGGCAGAGGGCGCCAACGGAAUUGCUACACAGGACAAUGCAGACUUCUACUACGUGGACAGGUGGUCAUCCGUGUACACCUGGGGUGGGGGAGAGGCUGGCUUACCUGUGGAGGGAGACCUUGUCAUUGUCCAUGAGGGACAGACUCUACUGCUGGACAUCGAUACACCAAUACUCAAAAUGCUGCUGAUCCAAGGUGGCACCCUGCUGUUCAAUGACGAGGGAGAUGUGCACCUACAGGCUGAGUACAUACUCAUCACAGAUGGAGGAACUCUCCAAGUCGGUACAGAGGAAGAACCGUUCCAACACCAGGCCACCAUCACUCUGCACGGAAACCUGCGUUCCAAGGAGCUCCCGAUCUACGGCGCCAAAGUUCUUGGCGUUAGAAACGGAAACCUAGACUUGCAUGGUAUGCCUGUUCCGGUUACAUGGACCCGGUUGGCCCAGACUGUAACAGUAGGGGAGACAACGUUCGUUCUGGAGCAGCCGGUCACGUGGAAGGCAGGGGACAGUAUCGCCAUAGCAACGACCGGACAUCGCAACAGCCAGGCUGAGACAGAAGUGAGAGAGAUAGCGUCGGUGGCUGCAGAUGGUGUUACCAUCACUGUCACAGAGCCUCUGCAGUACGAGCACCUCUCUGAGGAGGAGACGUUUACAAGUUCAGGAGUGACGCUGGAGACCAGAGGGGAAGUCGCCCUCCUCACCAGGAAUGUCGUCAUCAGGGGGUCUGAUGAUCCGACUUGGCACGACCAAAUCGAGGCAUGCGAGGAGGGCUUCGACACUGGUGAAUCUGCGACUCAGACGUGCUUCCAGGGUCGAUUCGGAGAGGAGCUCGGCAAUGACCAGUUCGGCGGCCAUGUUCUGAUCCACCAGCCAGAACCAGAUGCAGGUCUCGUCACUGCUCGUAUUGAGCACGUGGAGUUCACGUAUGUUGGACAAGCCUUCCGUCUGGGCCGCUACCCCAUCCACUCCCAUCUGAACGGUGACAUGAGCAACUCGUACGUGCGUGGUUGUGCCAUCCACCGCAGCUUUAACAGGGCCGUCACCAUGCACGGUACACACAACCUACUGGUGGAACGUAACGUGGUCUUCAACAUCAUGGGAGGGGCUUUCUUUAUUGAGGACGGCAUUGAAACAGGAAACGUCCUUCAGUAUAAUCUUGCUUUGUUCGUGAAAGCCAGCACCAGUCUGCUGAACGAUGACAUCACGCCUGCUGGGUACUGGGUUACCAACCCCAACAACACCAUUCAGCACAACCACGCUGCCGGAGGAACCCACUUUGGUUUCUGGUACCGCAUGCACGAGCAUCCCGACGGUGCUUCCUACGAUCCAGACAUCUGCCCACAAAGAGUUCCACUCGGAGUGUUCCAGAACAACACGGUGCACUCCCAGGGGAGGAUAGGGCUGUGGGUGUUCCACGAGUACUACCCUGCUGAGGGUGGGAGCUGCUCAUGGGGCGCCAAGCCAGAACCUGCUGUCUUCAGGGGCCUGACGUCUUGGAGGAAUGAGAAAGGUGCAGAAUGGGUAGAGGUUGGAGCCGUUCAGUUUGAGGACUUCCUCCUGGCGUACAACGAGCACGCAGGGAUCGAGAUGAAACAAAUUAAGAGGCUGUCAGAGUGGGGCUGGGCUAAAAUCACCAACGCUGUCAUCAUCGGACACGGCAAGAUCUCUCCCGAUGACGAAUGCAAUCAUGCUGGAAUUAUCCUGCCGUUUGCCCGAUAUCUGACCAUCAGCGGGGUAAAAUUUAUCAACUUUGACCAAGAUGGCAGCGCUGCUUUCAGACUCACUAGUAUCCAUUGCAUCUGUGAGACUUACUGCGACGGUUUCCAAUACAAGGUUGAAGGGGUUGAAUAUGACAACACACCCAACAAGGCUGGCUUUCGAUGGGAACACGAGGGAUGGAUUGAAGAUAUAGACGGGUCCGUAACGGGAACUGUCGGAGGCAAGGUGCUCCCCUCCUCCGCAACCCUCCCUCCCUCGUGUACAGAUGAUGCAGAUUUCAGUAAAGGAGGUUAUCCGGGGUCUGUCUGCACUGAUCCUGAUCUAAGCUUCCACCGAUUUGCCUUCAAAGGAGUCCUGCCAGAGUCACUGGACAUGAGGAACGCCAUCUUCACGAACGCGUAUGGCACCACUGCAGUACCCUGGUCGCCAAAGAGGAUGACUCACAAGCCUGGCUGGACGAUGAUCCUAGUCGGGAAGGAGACGUACACAUUCAGCUUCCAGGACUCUUCUCACAUCACCAACCUGACGUACUCAGGAACUUUCUAUGAUUUCGAGGACACAGAUUACGUCAUCAUGCAGCACGACUUCACGCAGUCACCUGAUAGCUUCUCACUCUCUGAAGGAGACAACAGGGAGGCAUCUACUGCAGCAGUCAGCUUCGCUAACAACGAGGACAAGGACUGGUACUUUGAUGAGGCGAACGGGAAGGUCUUUUCUUACCUAGUGUCUGGUAAGGGACAAGCCUCCUCAGCUGAUCGGAAUGUGAAACUGAAAGUCUACAGAUGCUUCUAUGAAGACUGUCUUCCUCCAGCCGACCCUAACGACGUCCCGCCUGACAGUCAGCGGCCUGACGACUACGUCCUGUACUCCACCCUCACCUGGAAGGUGGACACUGACGGUUUUAUGGUUCCCAGUUCCUCUGUAACCGACACAAGGAGAAAAAGAUCUCUUUCGCUCCAAGAAAACGACGAUGUGAAGAUCACUGGAGUUCCGUGGUUGGUGCUUGGCGACGAGGAUCUACCAAAGCUUGGAAAACUUUACAUCUACACUGUCCUCGAGUUGUGGGAUCCAUCCAACCCGUAUAGAGAUUACACAGUAGAAGCCACCCACAUCUUCAUACAGGGAGGACGGCUGAUUGUUGGCUGGCCAGACGCUCCAUAUCUUGGCAACGUCCAUAUCAUCCUCCACGGUGACCACAACACUCCCGAGAUGCCUGUACCAAACGGUCCGACUGUUGGGGCGAAGGCAAUAGGUGUGUUCGGAGGCCUGGACCUGAUCGGUAAGGAACGGAACGUGUGCUGGACUCACCUGGCACAGACAGCUGCAGCAGGUGCUCACACCAUCACCCUGGCAGAUGUCGUGGACUGGCAGGUGGAUGAGGAAAUAGUCAUCACAACCACCAGUUUUGACGCCUGGCAGACGGAGACGUUUAAGAUCACGGCUGUAUCUGCAGACGGCAGGACGCUCACCUUGAACUCCACUCUUGCCUAUGAUCAUAUCUACCACAGUGACACGGUGAAUGGCCAAUCCUACACCAUGGCAGCAGAGGUGGGACUCCUCACCAGGAACAUCAAGAUUGAGGGUGCGGACUAUCAGGGUCUCUUCAGCGAGUCCUUUGGUGCCAGGGUGCUGAUUGGCUCAUUCAACACCGGAGGACAAACAUACACAGGCUACGCCCGGAUCAAGAACGUGGAGUUUUACCAAACGGGGCAGGAAGGUUGGAACGCCUUCUAUGAUCCACGCUUCUCCCUGGCAUUUGUCAACACCGGAGACGUGUCAGAUGCAAAACCGUCCAUGGUCGAGAACAACGCCUUCCACAACGGCUUUUCGCCUGGUAUUGGUGUGUACGGAACAAACAAGCUGGAGAUCAUCAACAACAUUGUACAUCACACUGUUGGACAAGGAAUGAUCAUCGAGGGUUCUCGGAACAACCUGACCAGAAACCUGAUCGCCCUGUCCAUCUGGCCCGGUGCGUACCAGGACCGUAAGGAGGAGAGUAGUCAGAAAUGGGAGGCAGCUCUGGAGAUCAUGGAUGCCACAAAUGUCGUACUGACGGAUAAUGUCAUUGCCGGGGCAGAGCGCAUCGGAGUGCACCUGGAUGGCGAACCGUGUCCUGGUGCAGACAACCCGGUCGAAAGUUGGAGUGGAAACGUCAUCCACUCAGCUCUCCAUGGCACCCACGUGUAUGAGGACGGCCUGCCAGAGUGCUCUAUGAUCUCCAACUUCCUCAUCUACAAGUGUUACAGCUAUGGAGUCUACUUCCAGUCUGUGUCCAGUGCUGUACUCAACAACAUUACAUCCGUUGACAACGGAAUCGGAACAUUUACGUCAAUCAUCGGACCUCCGUCUAUCUCACAUGAGGGCAAAAACAAGUUUGUGAAGAUACAAGACUCCUUAUUUGUUGGUAGAAGUGCCUCCUUCAGCUGCGAGAACGAUGUCUUGGACUUAAGUGACGACAACAUAGAUGUGGCAAGAUCUGUAGGGGGGUUAGGGUUCUCCAGUGAGAAGGGGACUCCAGGAGGACACAUUGGCAUUUCUUUCCCCGGCUUUAUUUCGGGAUUCAGCGGCUCCCCUCUCCAUCCGUGGGAAACUGUCAUGAAAGUUCCAGCAUUGCUUGGCGUAACAGAAGUGAAAGGCGUGGCGUUUUCUAAUUUCGGCGAAGCAUGCAGUGGUCUACAGGACGUGGUGUUUCAUACUUGGAACACUAAUGAGGACGGGAUGCACCCUAUUGAGACGGAGGGACUGCAUUUUGUGGAUGUCGAUGAGAACAACAAAGCUUUCAUCGGGAGACCUGCCCUUAGCACGAUCAACCCAACUGAAUGUAUCGACAUGGAGUGUGACGGGAAGAAAGAGACGUUGAUUAAGGACCGUGACGGCACCUUCCUCCCAUCGGGGGUACCCGGGGCCCUCAUCCCGCAGGCGGAGUGGGAGUGGGACGGUGACCCCAGGAGAGGCCUGGGAGACUACCGCAUCCCCAAGACCAUGCUGGCUAACCUGGACGGGAGUCAGAUGGACAUCAGUCAAAUUGUGACUGGAGGAAGAGGUAUCAUCAGAACCCAAGACUGUGUAAACAAUGAUGAGAUGCACGGUCACAUGUGCCACGGUCUCAACUACGAGAUGUUGGUGAUCGAGAGCCUUGAUGAGGACACCGAGACCCGAAGGCUGUCACCUGUAGCACUCCUGGCUGACGGGUACAUAGACCUGCUCAAUGGAGCGAUGAGCCACGAAUGGUGUGGAGGCUACAGCUGCAACAAGCGUAUCUCCACCUUCUGGGGGAUCGUGGCCACGGAGAAGGACUAUCUCAUCCACUUCAGCGGCGUGAGUCCCCAGAACCUCCGUCUACAGCUCCUCAACACCGCCCCUGACAGGUCCAUGGUUAUCGGCAUCUACUACUCCAAGCCCGAAAGACUUGACGUGUAUGUGGACGGCAGUUUCAUCGAACCAAAGAACUUCGACCCUAGCACGGGAGGAAUCAUACCAGGGAACCACAAGCCAACAUUGAGCGAUGCAGCUGGUGCAAACUUCAUGGACAUUGAAUGGCAGACUCUGUAUUUCACUCUGAAGGGAUCCAACUCCGUAACAAUCAAACAAACCGAAAUCAUCGUCCUAACCUUCGGGAUGCCGCCGGUGACGGUAGAGGACUUCUUCUCCUCCGACCAGCUAGCUAACAACCUCUGCCUGUUCCUGAACAUCCCGGCUGACAAGGUACGCGUGAUGGACGUCGUACGUGAAGAUGGCUCACGUCGCCGCCGUGACGUCGGCAGCAUGACUGUUGAGAUUCAGAUAGGAGACCCACCAACCCCGUUCCUCAAUGGAACUGCUGAUAACAGCCUUUCUCACGAUGAUCUGUUGCGAUUGGCGGCACGGUUGGUGAAUGCAGUGCAAAUAGGUGAAUUGGACAGUGUGUUUGGCACAAACGUGACCAGCGUGUCUGUGGUCGACCCGGUCCCGCCUGUGGCUAGUCAGGAGUGGCGUGAUCUGACUGUGAACCAGACCCGGGCAGAUGACUACGUCCCGCCGGACUCCAUCAUAGUGCAAACCCAGCCGGUACCUCUUCACGAGAUGGCCGUCUUCAGUGUUCAGCCCAAGAUUCAGGCUUUUGACACGGAGGGCAACCAUAUGGAACAUCUUGGCCACAGCAGCGCCCCCUGGAAUAUCACUGCCUCCCUGCAGUCGGGAGAUGAUACAGACCCAAGAGCGACCCUGAGUGGUACCCUCAGUGUGCCAUACGUCAACGGUUGGGCCAACUUUACCGACCUCACGGUCCCCCACAGUGGUGAAGGCUACACGAUCCGAUUCACGGUCACCCAGAAUGCCGCAAAUCUUCUGCAGGUCCAAACUCAGCCGUUCACUGUCACAAGGGUACCAGUUAGAGCUGCUAUAUUUAGCAAACCAGACACAGCCAUUGUUAACGAACCUUUCAACCUCCAACUGGAGCUGAGGGACGCUGUGACUGGACAGGCGAUCACGGACAUCUCAUGGAAGGGGCAGAGUUGGUUAGCCACUGUCUCUCUAAUGGAACCUGUACCCGGCUUAUACAAAGGCAGCCUCAGCGGUAACACAUCAACAACGUUUGACGUCCUGAACGGCCAUGCCACCUUCAGGGAUAUCACUCUCACUGGCGCAAGUCGCUAUCAUCUCCAGUUCCACGUCACUACUAACCCACCCAUGGAGGAGUACGACUUUAUCUACAUCCCCGACCCAAUCGACAUCUUCCCUCCGGGAUUUCAGAUGCCCUUGGGAGUUACCAAGGACGUACAGAUCACCUUUGAUGCUGACUUCUACCAGACGGUAGGAGACCACGAACUCUACUUCGAGACCUUCAUGAUGAACGUUCUCAACGCCAAUUUCAGCACGAUGUACUUUUCAGCUGCAAACGCCUAUGCAGGAAGUGUUGUGGUGGACUUGACCAUGACCGGCCCGGAGGAUGAGGUGGAGGCUGCGUUGUUGCGCCUGUGGUACCAGGUGCAACAGCCAUUGAAGGUCACGUUCAACGACAACACCAUGGAAACUAUCGACAUCAUGUAUGUGGAUGGUCAGCGGUAUUACGGUACGGAAACGGUGAACUCAGGACCAGAUGUGGCGUUGAUCGCUGCCGUCUCAGCUGUCGCGUUACUUCUCCUUGUUGUCAUCAUCCUGGUCGUUGUUUGGCUGAAGAAGAAAAAGACCAACAAAAACAAAGCCUGGGAAAACUCCAGCCGGUCCUCGUCCUCUUCUCUCCUCCGUCCAAGUUCUGUGGCUGGCCUAAGUAAUGUUAAUGUGGAGAUGGGUUCUCAUGAGAUGAAGGACCUUGAAGCCAGCCUGGGUAAGACGAACGCUGCCUUCACCAUGCACGAGACCAAGUUUGACAAGACGGACAUCCAGUCCCGUCCGGUAUCCCGCUCCUCCGUCUCCCCUCGCUCCCUUUCUCCACCGGGUUACGUGUGUGACGAUGAAAAUGACAUCCCCGAGCCUAGGAACGUGACAGUGAAACUGCUGGACAAGAUGCACCGUCUUGGGGAGAUAGAGAAGACAUGGCUGGACAUGAAGAAGCCUCUCAAGCAGGUACGGGAAGACCUGGUGGCCGCCUUUCCUGAUCAGCUGGAGUGGGGGGACUUCGUGUUCCUGACUCCCGGACUGACUCACGUCCCCACGGAGGCUGAAAACAAGAAACGUCUGAAGGACAUUGUGGAAUUAGGAGAAGACAUCGUCACCAUUCACAUGGUGUAAGACCUGACCAUCGCACGGACAAAGGACUUGGAUCGUCACAUAUUUUGUUUGCUGUGUUUUUGCUUUAAAAUGAUCAACACGAUACUAUUCAACGGGAUAAGCCGCAAAACUUUAUAAGUUGUUCUACCUCGUAAUUCCCUCCUACUACAAAAAAUCAACGAUGCAAUCCUACCAUUAUGUAUUGACUAAAAGCGACAAUGAGAAGCCAGACUUAAACUUGUAACAGUGUAACUGUUGUGUAACGUCGUGACUGUAUCCCCUAUACAGUUGUAAUCAUUACAGACGUAACCAUUAAGAUUUCUGACUGGUCGUUGAUUAUGUUGGUACUAAGUAUCAACGAAGGUCACGUGAAUUGUCGUGCAAGAUGAAAACCAUACAAGAUCUUUUUUCAUAUAUACAUUUAAGAUGAACCAGCACUUUUACAUAAAGUUUUGUGCCAACAAGCAUUUUGCAUAAACUUGUAUGUAUGUUGACGUUUGUUAGCUAGACUGGUCACUCAUAAAUCAAUGCAUAAUAAGAGAGCGUGAAAUAUAACUGCAAUAUGGUGAUAUCGUCA